CUUAAGAGCCACCAUAUGUCAACUACCCCGAGAAGGGCCUCAUCCUUCAGGCUUUCUGAAAGAACCUGUACAGAUUUAAAGGGGAAAAUCUGAGCUUGACAUUAAGAACAGCACUGCUACAUCAAUAUGAGCUUCAGUACUGAAGAGAGAGGACAAGCCAACACACAGGACUACAGAGUCUACUUUAAAAACUCAGAUGGAAAAUACAUAUCUCCAUUCCAUGACAUUUCCCUUUAUGCAGAUGAGGCCAAGAAUAUCUUCCAUGUAGUUGUUGAGGUACCCAGAUGGACGAAUGCAAAGAUGGAGAUCGCAACCAAAGAAUCACUGAACCCACUGAAGCAGGAUGUGAAGAAAGGAAAUCUGCGUUAUGUGUGUAAUGUAUUUCCACAUAAAGGCUACAUAUGGAACUAUGGAGCUUUCCCUCAGACAUGGGAGGAUCCAGGACACACUGAUAGAGACACAAAAUGCUCUGGAGACAAUGACCCCAUUGAUAUGUGUGACAUCAGUAACAAGGUCUGCUCAUGUGGAGAAAUCAUCAGGGUGAAAGUGUUGGGAAUUCUUGCACUGAUAGAUGAAGAAGAAACAGACUGGAAAGUGAUUGUGAUUAAUGUUGAGGAUCCUGAAGCUGCAGACUUUAAUGAUAUUGAGGAUGUAAGGAGGCUUAAGCCAGGAUACCUGGAAGCCACAGUGGACUGGUUUAGAAUGUACAAAAUACCAGAUGGGAAACCUGAGAAUCAGUUUGCAUUCAAUGGUGAAUUCAAGAACAGGGACUUUGCCAUUAAGACCAUAAAAGAUACCCAUGAAUAUUGGAAGGCAUUGAUAUUGAGCAAGACUAAAGCAAAGGAACUUAACUGCCUGAAUACGUGUGUCACAGACAGCCCAUAUGUCUGCUCUGGAGUGGAUGCCAAAGCCAUUGUAGACUCAGCAAAUGCAUAUGUUGCAUCAGAGCCUAUUCCUAACUCAGCUGACAAAUGGUACUUUUACAGCAAGUAAUCAACGGGGUACAACAGAUGACUGACUACUAAACAGGAGGAUGCACUUAGCUAAUACUGUGUGUGUGUGUGUGUGUGUGUGUGUGUGUGUGUGUGUGUGU